AUGGAUGUGUACUGCCGUAGAGGGUGCACAAAUGUUGUUGCUCGACUCAAUGCCGACGUGGUGGGAGAGAUUCCUUGUAACGUGUCAUGGCGUAAAGGUUGUGCGAAUGUAGUUGUUCGACUCAAUGAUGGCGUGGCCGGUGACAUUUCCUGUACUGGGCACUGGGGCGAAGAGGUCUCUGUGUUGACUGUUCUCGAAGGAGGCAUAGUUGUUGCCGGUGUGUCUGCCAGUCCCUACAGGAUACACAUAUGGCCGUGCGUCGGUCGUGAAGUUCGAAGCAGCAUGCGAACCAUGAUCCUGAGUAGGAGCCUCAGCCCAGGGAGGUGA